UCCCGACUUCAACCUCACACGUUGCGAGCCUCCAUUUGACUCACUUUCCCUUCAGUUGUCCUUUUGGUUUGACAGAGUUUCACGAUGGCCGCCAAUAUCACUGACACUACAGCUGCGGCGUUUGUUUAUUCUUAUCUCCAAGAAAAGGACCCCAAUUACGCUGAAACAUUCAAGAAAAAGACAAACGCACCGGUUCUUCUGAAAGGAUCCCCAUCUUUAAAGGAUGUCAUUGACCAUUUCCAAAAGACUUCCCCACUGAAGAGAAGAAUUUCGCUUGACAAUGCAUCAGCUGCAAAAAAAUCAAAAGUUGAAAGCAGUGACAGUGAGUCUGAUUCAGGGAUGGAUGAAACAAAGCCAGUUGAAGUACCUAGCAAUGGUGUUUCACACAAAAUGAAUAUCACAGCUAAACCUGCCUCAAGUGGUUCGUCAGAUGAUAGUGAUUCAACUGAUGAUGAAGCCCCUGUUACCAAAGUUACACCUUUAAAAGCCCCGAACAAGCCUCAGACACCUGCUGCUAGAGCUGCUGCUGCACAGAAAAAAUCUGACUCUAGUUCUUCAGAUUCAGACUCAAGUGAAGAUGAAGCUCCAAAGCCUGUUAAUGGUACACAAACAUCUGCUAAGCCAGUACUUAAAAAAGCUGAAUCGUCAUCUUCAGAAGAGUCUGACAGUGAAGAGGAGACAAAGCCUGUGCAGAUCACUAAACCCAUUAUUAAAACACAGCCUGUUUUAAUAAAAAAAAUUGAAAAGGAAUCCAGUUCUGAGGAGUCUGAUAGUUCAGAAGAGGAGUCCAAGCCUGUCGUCAAUUUAUCAAAGCAAGUUGUCAAGCCUGUUGUCAAAGAAGAUAGUAGUUCUGAUGAAUCUGAUAGCUCUGAAGACGAGACACCAUCUGCCAAACCAACAGUUGCUGUUAAGGCGGCUGUUGCUAAAGCAAACCUUAAGAAAGAAGAAAGUUCGGAAGAGUCCGAUAGCUCUGAAGAUGAAAAGAUUGUUGCUGCUUCAAAAGUUACGCCUGCUAAGGCCCCGGCUAAAGUUGUAACUAAACAGGAGAGUAGUUCAGAGGAAUCGUCGGACAGUUCUGAAGACGAAAAACCAGCUCCCAAAUCGACUCCACUUCGCGCAGCAACUAAGGCUCCAGCAAAAGUGGAGAGUUCCGAAGAUUCCGAUAGUUCAGACGAAGAAAUUAAACCCACCGUUGCUUCCAAACCAACUGUCGCUUCCAAACCUGGAAACGCUAAUGAGUCGGAUUCAAGUUCGGAGGAGUCGAGUGAUGAAGAGCCAGCGCCAGUAAAAGCCACUCCAUCUAAGUCUGUUGUUUCUAAAGAUGCCGACAGCAGUGAAGAUUCGGAGGAGAGUUCUGACGAAGAAACUACACCUACGAAAACAAAACAGAAUUUGUCGAUGGGUGCGGGAAAUGACAGUUCACAGAAACAAAAGCCACAGAAUUCUACUCCUAAUUCGGCAAAUACACCGGGAAAGAAUGGUAGUUUUGCUGCUUCCACUACUCCCAACGACUCGAAAAAAGAUUUCAAUGGUGGGAGCGCACGUCGAACCCCCAACACUCCAUUCCGGCGUGUGCGAGAAGAAGAAAUUGAAAUUGACCAGAAAUUUGUCGAUAAUUCAUUUACUGCAAAGGAGGAAGAGGCCGAUGGUGAAGAUACUGACGUAGCAGCGAGACCUGGAUUUGGAUUUCAAAGGGGAGGUGGACAGAAUGGGUUCGGCAAUAGGGGAAGAGGUUUCGGCGAUCGCGGAGGAUUUGGUGAUCGUGGCGGAUUCAACCGAGGCCGCGGAUUUGGUGGUCGGGGCGGAUUUUCCAGAAACGGAGAUGGAGAGCAGGGAGACGGUUCCAGCGAGAACAGAACUCCAGGAAGGGGAGGGUAUGGCGGAUCUAAUCGAGGCGAUUCUGAAGGUGGUUUUAGGGGUGGACGUGGGGGAUUUUCCAGGCCAGAAGGAGGUGGUGAUGGAGGAUUCAGAGGGGGUUUUCGAGGCGGAUUUCGGGGUGGUGAUAGAGGACGUGGCGGUGGUGAUAGAGGACGCGGUGGUUUCCGAGGUGGUAGGGGUUUUGGCAACAGAGGUUCUUCAGGGCCUUCAAUUCAAGCAGACUCCUCGGGGACUGGUUUAAACAAGAAAAUGGUGUUUGAAUAGUAGUUAAAAUGUGUUGCAAAUUUCAGAGAGGUGCGUCGGGUUCGUGGGGAGAGCGUGCCAACCUUGAUUUAAUACACACCAAGGGAAAAAGUUUUCGACAUGAAAAGACAAAAAAAAAGCGAGGAA